AUGGGAGGGCAUUCCCUGUGGGAAGAAAAGCGAGCUGACGGCAUUUAUCGGUUUGAUCCAGUUACUUACGAAGUCGAAUUUAUUCCCGUCAUGAAGCUUCCGUUGAUUAUAUUUUACUCAGAUAAUUAUCUUGAAGCCAAGAAUUUGGAAAAACAGGCCACCACUUCAUCGGACCUUGACACAACUGAAGCUGAAGAAGACGAACUUGGCGAAAAGGAUAGGGGUUUGAAACCUACAAGAAAAAGACAGCGACGACCGUCAUCGUCAUCUGAAGAGGAAGAAAGGAACCAUUCUCAAAGUUUCUCAAGUAAAUCGAUAAGUAUUAGGGAAGAGGAUUUACUAGAAUUUGACGGAAGUAAAUACCAACUUCAUGUCGUUGUCAACGAUCCAGCUGGGUUGAAUUCGCCAACAUCACAAAUACCAACAUUACCAAGUCCAAAUAGUGAACAUCAAGUAGCCGCAGGGUCAGGAAAUCAUUAUUGGUCAUCCCCCCCUCUCUCACAAGUUGAUGUCCCGCCUCCUGUGAGGACUCAGGCUGGGAAUGCAGAAAUCGCUGCUACCCGUAUUCGUGGAGUGACUUUGGAAGAUAUUUAUCUUCGUCAAGUUGCACUGGAGCGAAUGGUCGCAAAUGGAAUCUCAGAUAUUCGCCAAGAUAUUCGCACUCUGCUACUCCGGACCGAUGACGCUAAUUCAUCUGUAGAAAAUAGUGUUGUUAUUCCAGUGAACCUCCCCCUGGAAAACGAAUCUGAUGUUUUAAUUCUGGAGGAUUGGCUAAAGGAAAAAGAUAAUUGCUCGAAGCUCGUAGAAAUUUUCAAGAGAAAUGGAGGCAAAUCAGCACUGAAAGUUGUUACUGGAAUUUUAGCAAGUACCCUCACUAAAGGCUUGGCUGAAAAAAUAAAUUACGUUGGCACAAAUGGGAAAACAGCAUUUAACAAUUUAAAAUUGAAUCGUCUAGUUAUCGAAGCCACCCUAGCCAGUGAAUUUGGGAAAAAAUUGACAAUAUCGGAAAUUGUGGGAAUUAUUCAACGCUGGUUAGGGAACGCAAAAGACUUGGAUGGUGGCAGAACUUCCAGAAAAACAACGAAUGUCGUCGUACCGGACGAGGAGGAGGAGGGUUAACGAAGAAGCAAAUACAUUACUUCAAGAGCUUAA